AUGUAUAUCCACUACGGUUUGGAGGAAUCCAAAACUUCCAUACCCGUUCUGGUUGCGAUCCAUUAUCCCCGGCAUUAUCGAAUGGGCGUAAGUGCUUGUGCAGAUGAUGAGGAGAAUGACGAGGAGGAGGGAUUGGAAGUUGAAGAACGCAGUCUAUUGAAUAUCUCUCAAUGUCAGCCAUCUGAGAAGAAGCGCCAUGGAUCAACGUCGAACUCCUCCGACGGAACGACAAAGCGUCUUAGUGAUUUCCACUAUUUUGUGAAGAAUGCUCCUCAUCACCAGGAUUACUACGAACUCGAGCAGGCAUUGAAUUCUGCGGACUUGGCGGACGAGAAUACAACCAACUAUCUAGCCCGUCGCAAAGUGAGACAGCUGACUACCGGCAUGGCUGAACCGCGAGUUCGACUUACUCGACAUCAGGGCCAGCUGAAUUUUGGGAAUGAGUUACGCCACCUUCUACACGCCUAUGGCGACCCAUCCCCACACCCCUCUUACCCCCAGGAACCCCUCCCCGAAACCCUCCGCGUCCUCGACGAGAUCGUUACAGACUUCAUAAUCGAAACCUGCCACUCCGCUGCCCAGUGCGCCACCUACUCGCGUCGCCAGAAGAUCAAAGUCGAUGACUUCCGCUUCGCCCUGCGCCGUGACCCGGUCAAACUAGGCCGUGUGCAGGAGCUGUUCCGCAUCGAGCGUGAACUCAAGGAGGCGAGGAGGGCGUUUGAUCAGAACGAUGACCAGGUUGCGGCUAGUGGAAAGAAGGGGUUAGAGGAGUUGGCGGAAUCGGUUGUUGAGGGCGGGGAUGGGUCUUCUGCUACGGCUGCAGGGCCGAAGAAGGGGAAGGGCAAGGCUUCGUCUGUUUCGGUUACGGGGAAGAGGGCAGUUGAUACAACCUCCGAGGGGGUUGUUGCGAAGAAGAGAAAGAGUGUUGCUGGUGGUUCUGUUACUUGA